CAAAGAGCACCAACUGUCAAAACAUCAAUGAAAGAUAGUCACGAUAAAGAUUAUUUUAAUGGUUAAGCGUACGUGUUUUUUUAAAUUGUGUUGUGCUAUAAUAAUCUCGACGCGAUGAAAAAGAAUACAGAUGGGUUUAGACUUUCAAAGGAUUUUUUAUUACCGGGUAUACUUUUCGCUUUGGUGGUUAGAUGGUGUGUCGCCGCGUAUCCUUAUUCCGGCUACAAAUCUCCGCCAAUGUAUGGAGAUUUUGAAGCUCAAAGACACUGGCAGGAGAUAACAUUGCACACGCCACUAACCAAGUGGUAUAUAAACACGACUCAUAACGAUUUGGAAUAUUGGGGGUUAGACUACCCUCCCCUGACGGCAUAUCAUAUGUUACUUAUUGCUUACGUUGGAGAAUGGUUAGACCCGGAAUCCGUGCGACUCUUCGCUUCAAGAGGUUACGAGAAUGAGAACCAUAAAGAAUUCAUGAGAUGGACUGUGUUUUUCAGUGAUUUAUACAUUUAUGUACCAGCUGCAUUUUGCCUUUGUAUAGAGGCAGAGAGAGUCAAGGCUAAAGGGGAUAAAAAUGUAUUCAAAAGGGUAGAUGUAGCUACUACAAUUCUCUUGUUAUAUCCAGGUUUAAUACUAAUAGAUCAUGGUCAUUUCCAAUACAAUUGUAUAUCUUUGGGCUUGUUUAUAGCGGCAACAUUUUGCAUUUUGGCUCUAGAUAGUGAUAUUUUAGCGUCUAUAUUCUUUAUGAUGGCAAUUAAUUAUAAACAAAUGGAAUUGUAUCAUUCUUUACCAUUUUUCUUUUAUCUUUUAAGAAAAUGUUUUAUAACUGUAGGACCUAAGAGAAGAAUCUUUAGUUUUAUCAGUCAGUUUAAUAAGUUGGCCGUUGUAGUGGUUUGUAGUUUUGGUAUAAUUUACUAUCCUUUUUUAAGUUCAUGGGAUACUGUGUCCAAUGUUUUGUAUAGAAUGUUCCCACUUAAACGUGGAGUGUUUGAGGAUAAAGUGUCAAAUGUGUGGUGCUUUAUAAAUGUAUUUAUUAAGUUGAAAUCAAUUUAUACGAAUGAAAUGAUGGCAAAAAUAUGUCUGUUCACAACAGCUCUAGCAGCGAUGCCUUCUUGUUUAGAUUUAUUUGUAAGAAUCAAUAAAAAGAAAUUCAUUUUAUCACUCAUUAAUGUAUCUUUAGCCUUUUUCUUGUUUUCAUUCCAAGUUCAUGAAAAGACAAUUCUACUUGUCGCUAUUCCUGUAGCUUUAUAUUUUGCGGAAGAUCCGUUUAUGUGCUUCUGGUUUCUGCUAGUGUCUAAUUUCAGUAUGCUCCCAUUAUUAAUUAAAGACGGACUUCUAUUACCUUUCAUAGUGACUAUGUUAAUUUAUAUUUCUGUUUACAGUAUCGCAUUAAAAAUGGCAGAUAAUACUGCAGGUUUAUUCACAUUUAUAAAUGCGAAUAGAGUUUAUAAAACGAUAAAAAAAGAUAAAACUAAAGAUUCUAUGUUUUUAAAAAUUGUUAGUCAUUACUUUUUCUUUUCUCUAGUAGGUAUGAUAUUUCUCACAAUAUGCUUAAUAUAUGUAAAGCCACCAGUGAAGUUUCCAGAUCUCUUUCCACUGUUAAUUUCUGUUUACUCGUGUUCUCACUUUAUACUAUUCUUUUUGUAUUUCAAUUAUCAACAAUUAAUUUUGCCGAAAUGUUUGCCAUUACCGCUGAAAGUAAAACAGAAAUAAUUGU